GGGGCUUGGUCGGGGAGCGGCCGGGACGCCCCCGCGUGGACGGGCGGUCUCGAUUGACCCCCUGAUCUUCCGCGGGGUGUGAGGGCCUCUGGCAGCCUUGGCAGCCCACCCAUUCCGGUUAACCGCCCCUCCCUGGGGCCUCCCCGAGACCCGAGAGCGCGCGCGGGUGCCAUCAACCCGGGCGCUGUAGUGACGGAAGGACGAGAACAAGGAGGACGAAACAGUGUCCAUUCAAACGGGAACCUUCCAAACCUCAGCUUCUAGCUCUGCUCCUGGAGGUUGAAUAGAUUAAAUGCUGAUAGCUGAGUAAACCCGGGAACGGACAUUUUACCCGGGAGACCCCCGGUGAUUCUAAAAUUAACUCCUUCCCCCUUCUUUUGGUUUGCAUCCUAACCGAGCUCGCUCUCUCUGUUUUUACCUGUGGAGGUGAGGUUCUUGCUUUCUGUUCCUUAGCAUGUCCCUGGCUGCUUACUGUGUCAUCUGUUGUAGAAGAAUGGGAACCUCAAGUCCUCCUCCAAAAAGCAACACGUACUGGAAAGAUAUCAGAAAUAUAAUAAAGUUUACUGGAUCACUUAUUUUAGGAGGCUCUUUAUUUCUUACAUAUGAAGUUCUGGCCCUGAAGAAGUCUUUGACAUUAGAUUCUCAAGUGGUAGAAAGAGAAAAAAUGAAGUCAUAUAUAUAUGUGCCCACAGUGUCUUUAGAUAAAAGAGAAAAUUAUGGACUCACCUACCAGGCGAGAAAAGAGCUUCACAAAGCAGUAAGGAAAGUACUGACGACCUCCGCCAAGAUACUGCGGGGCCCGUUUGCCGACCCUUUCAGUACCGUGGACGUGGAGGACCACGAGUGCGCCUCGUGGCUGCUGCUGCGGAGGAGUCAGUCGGACGACCCGGCCGCCCGACGGCAGGCCGUGCAGGAGAUGUCGGAGGCCCACCACUGGCACGAUUACCAGUACCGGACGGUCGCUCAGGCCUGCGACCCCAGGACGCUCAUCGGCUUGGCACGCAGCAGAGAGAGUGACCUGCGCUUCUUCCUGCCUCCGCCUCCUUUGCCGUCUCUAAAAGAAGAUUCCUCCAUCGAGGAAGAGCUCAGGUGCCUGCUGGCGUCCUUACCCCAGACGGACCUGGAUGAGUGCAUCCGGUACUUUACGUCGUUGGCCCUGAGCGAGAGCAGCCAGAGCCUGGCGGCCCAGAAGGGUGGCUUGUGGUGUUUUGGAGGAAACGGACUUCCUUACGCCGAGAGCUUUGGAGAAGUUCCUUCAGCGACAGUGGAGAUGUUCUGUUUGGAAGCUUUAGUAAGACAUUCUGAGAUACCCACACACUGUGACAAAAUCGAAGCAUACGGAGGCUUGCAGCUGCUCCAGAGGCUGUACCGCCUGCACAAGGACUACCCCAACGUGCAGAGGAACAUUCUGCGGGUCGUCGGCAACAUGGCUCUGAAUGAGCGUCUCCACCCGACCAUAGUUCGCUCAGGCUGGGUCUCCAUCCUGGCGGAGGCCAUGAAGUCCCCGCACAUCAUGGCGGCCUCGCACGCCGCCCGGACCCUGGCGAACCUGGACCGGGACACGGUGCGGGAGAAGUACCAGGACGGCGUGUACGUGCUCCACCCCCAGUGCCGCACAAGUCAGCCCAUUAAAGCAGAUGUCCUUUUUGUUCACGGCCUUAUGGGAGCAGCAUUCAAAACGUGGCGCCAGCAGGACAGCGACGAGGUUCUCACGGACAAGGUCUCGGAGGCCGAGAGCAGGUACAUGACGUGCUGGCCCAAGUCGUGGUUGGCAGAGGACUGCCCCGCUCUCCGGAUCAUCUCCGUGGAGUACGACACCAGCCUCAGCGACUGGCGAGCGCGGUGCCCGAUGGAGAGAAAGUCCAUUGCGUUCAGGAGCAAAGAACUUCUUAGGAAGCUCAGAGCUGCCGGCGUCGGGGACAGGCCGAUGAUCUGGGUGUCACACAGCAUGGGAGGGCUUCUCGUCAAAAAGAUGCUGCUGGAGGCCUCCCAGAAGCCGGAGACGAGCCCCGUUGUAAACAACACCCGCGGGAUCAUCUUCUACAGCGUGCCGCACCACGGCUCCCACCUGGCGGAGUACUCCGUGAACGUGCGCUACCUGCUCUUCCCGUCCCUGGAGGUCAAGGAGCUCAGCAAGGACUCCCCUGCGCUGAAAGCGCUUCAGGAUGACUUCCUGAAGUUCGCCAAAGACAAGAACUUCCAGGUGCUGAACUUUGUGGAAACGCUGCCCACCUCCAUCGGCAGCAUGAUCCAGCUGCAGGUGGUGCCCGCGGAGUCGGCAGACUUAGGCAUCGGGGAGCUGAUUCCCGUGGACGUCAACCAUCUGAACAUUUGCAAGCCCCAGAAGAAGGACGCGUUCUUGUACCAGCGCACCUUGCAGUUCAUCCGUGAAACUCUAGCCAAAGACCUGGAAAACUGACAGCUGUCCUCCACUUUUCCCGUGAACACAGUGCAGGAAACUCGGUGUCCUUGUUCUCUCUCUCAGCGACCGUGCAAACUAGUCACCCCGGCACCCGUGCGGCCUGGGGUGCGCGGCGGGCAGGCGGACCCUCUGUAAAGCUCAGACGCAGGGCUGGUGGGCCGGAGAACCGAGGGCCAGACUGGACUCUCCAGGUUUCGGGGAAGUCCGUGUGUGCCAGGUUGUGUUCCGCAGUGUCGUCCCUGGUGGGCAAGCUGCUCUGGAUAGAGGGUGGCUUCUGUCACCUGUGACUGCCUCCGACUCACGCUAGACGAGCACUGGUGGCCCCCUGCAGGGCGCGUGCCCGUCCGCUUACAGGGCAGUGCCAUUGGGGAGGAAGCCCAGCAUGGAGAGGAGCGUGAGCCAGAACGUAAAAGACUGUGUUUUCGUUCUGGGUUUCCAUGCGCUGUAAUUUUACGAGCAUGUGAGCGCAAACCUUUGUCCGACCUGCCAGCUUCGUUGGACCUGCUGGCAUCCGUGGGUCGGCUCCUCGUAAGUUUUUAUUUUCUUAUUACUGAGAACAGUUUUUUAGAACAAAAUUUUUUUAAAAAUCCAGCUUAUAGUCUUUCCAGACUUUAAGUACCUAUACUUACAGUUUUUCCCAGAUAAAGUAGCUAAUCUAUACCUGAUCAGUGUGAAAUGAAACUACUCUAAACCAUUACCUAUAUUAGCAAUACUUAGUAUCAAGAUUCUCAGAUUCUCUGUAGGCGAAUAAAAUAUACCUUUCUUGCUCAUUUGACUUCCAGCAUGUGAGAAUAGGAAAUUGUGUUGAUAACUUUUUUUAAAUAACAACAUUAUUGAGAUAUAAUUCUCCUACCAUAAAAUUCACAUUUUAGAGUUCAUUGAUUUUUUUUAGUAUAUUUACAGACUUGUGCAAUAAUCACCACGUUCUAAUUCCAGAACUUCUUGCCAUCCCCCCAGUAACUCCAUAGCCAUCAGCAAUCACUCCUUACCACAUCGCCCCGAGCCCUGGCAGACUCCAGUCUACUUGGUCUCUGUGGGUUUGCCAGUCUCGGACAUUCCGUGGGAAGGGAGCCGUACUGUGCCUGGCCCCCUCCUCUCAGCACAGGGUUCCCAAGGCCCACCCGCACUGACUGGGGCACGCGUCAGUGCCUCCUUCCUCUUCCCGUCCCAGCCACGCUCCGUCGCAGGGCCAGGCCCUGCUUAUCCGUGUGGGCGUCAGGUGACGGACGCUUAGGUUCUUCCCAGUUUUUCGGCUCUCUUGCUGCUCUGACCAAAUUCAUGUGCCUGUGUUGGCGUGGAUGUAUGUUUUCCAUUCUCUCGGGUACACGCUAGGCGUGGAGUGCUGGGUCAUGUUAACCUUACGUUGACCACUUUGAAGAUAACAGACGUUCCUAGAAUGGGACAGUCAGAGCUAAAGCGGAGUACAGAAGCCGGAGGGACACUGGGGCCAUCAGUGCACGCCGUCAGCGUCUGAUCGUUUGGUUGUGCAGCAGCCUCGCAAGCGACUUAGCUGCGUCACUUGCGUUGUUGAGCAGACGCAGGGAAUGCGAUGCUCAGCCGACAGCGACGCGCGUGGCUGGCGGGGCGACACGGGGAGAAGAGGUGGCUGUGUUUGCUCACUUUCUUUUUCUGUUUUCUGUGAGCUGCAGUUGAAACUGCUGCUCAACAGCUUAUGAGUGAUGGACUGAAACCCCGCUCCUUGAAAUGUCAACACAGCUCUCACAGCUGUGCUUUCAAAACAAAGCCUGGGGGGGAGAGCCAGUGCGGGACUGGGUUACUGCAGUUCUUCAGGCAAGCCAUGUAACACUUGUUUUCAUUCUGCCUGUGAAAUGGGUAUAAUGUACACAGUUUCUGCACAUCCGCUUUGUGAGAUUUAAGUCAGUAAUGUUUUUAAAAUAAUCGUUAGCUGAAAAACACUUUUAAGAACACGAAGUAGGAAAACACAUGUACUUGAAAUAGUUUUAAAAUUAGACCAUCAAUAGAACGGUUCUCCGAGUUUCAUGAACUUGGUAUAAGUAUCCUUUCUGGAAAAAACUUCAAACCAGGCUUCAUGUCGCCUUUCCCCUCAUGUGAAAAGUCACUUCUUUUUGAAACAAGAUCAGCUAGACAAUGUAGGUCCCCAAACGAACCACUGAGGCAAGAAUGAAAACGCAGUCACAGUUAUCCCUCCUUACCGCCCAUCCACUUCUCGACCACGUGUCCCCAGACCUACUAGGUUCCAUGGUUAACCAGGUUUCCAGGCCCUGAGCCCUCUUCCCCCCAGUGUUUAAAUUAAAUGUCGCUACAGAAAGGGUCAGAGGGCUGUGAUACCUUUUUCGAAGUAUCUCAGCCAUUCAGCCAAGGUUUCUAUGCCGACAACCAGGAUACAUACGGUGGGGGGAGCCGGGGGUGGGGGCACCCGCAUGCACUUCCUGUUGAGAAGACAGCCCGGUCACGCAGCGGCGUGCCUGUUCCUUUGGAACCUGGCUCAUAGUUCACAGUGCCCUCAGAUUCUAAUUCCUGACACUGGAGUUGUAGGCAUAGCUUUCUGAACUUUUAUCCCUUUGUAUUAUCAACUACAUUGUGUGCUUUUGUUUUUAUCGACGUUUUGUGCAAAAAUUAUGUCCAUGAAAAAAGUUCAGACGUGUUCAAUAAAUGUCACACUUUAAAGUGUU